UGGCCACACUGGUACACAUUAGUUUUUUGUUUAUGUUGGGACGUCGGAAAAAUCGGCUGUUUUUCCCGUGUGUCCGUCUGCCAUGAAAAGCUGCUAAAAAGCUAAAUAUAAAAAUCAGCGCAGCGCAUACGUUUGGCUGGCUGCAUUGUUUUCCCAUUUUAAUGGGAAAUUAUGUGAGUGCGAGUCAGAAAAACGCAUCUUGUGUGUAUAUGUAUAUAAGUAUGUAACUGCGCCCGUUUGUUUGUGUGUGUUUUGUGUGCAUGGUGCAAUGGAAAAGUGAUUAUUAUAAAUGAAAAUCGGUGAAAUGUCAAACAACUCCCACUUGUACGUGUGUAAGGCAGAAGGGUGUUUUGCAUUUGUGUGUGUGCCAGAUAAAAGACUUUGAAAUUUCUGGAGGAUAUUAGUGUCAACAGGGGGGAUAUAAUACGCAAUAGCCCCUAAUAUGCAGGCAAGUCCAUUAAUUACGCGAAAGGUCAAAAGUUAGGCACGCAGCCAGGAUCCAAGGAGCAAAUAAUAAUGUUGUAAGAAGACGGCAAACCCGUAAGAGCGAUAGAGAGAGCAGGUGUUUUGGUGUGAGUGCGUGGUAGAACAAAGAGGACGAAAAACACGGCCGCAAGACAAAUUCGCCGUAAGGCGAAUUCAAGCGUAAACCAGAAACUGAAAGAAAGAAAAACAAAAAAGGAUAUUUUAUAGAAACUGAUUUAUCUAAAGACUGCUACAUUGCUACAUAAAAUCCAACGCCAUGUCUGCGGCUGAACUAGAGGCAGAGUCUACUGCCCAGGAGCAGCAGCCCCAACAACAACAGCAGACGCACGGCAAUGAAGCAAAUACAAACACUGCCAUCGAUGAAAAUGCAACCACAACAAAUAGCUACAACAAUAAUUUGGAUAUGGAAACCCAGCUACAGAUGCACCAGGAUCCGCAACAACAGGAGAUCGAGGGCAAUAGCAACAAUGGAAUCACAGGACUCGGUAUUAGCCUGAUGAACUCUUCACCACCGCCGCACAGUUACCGGCAUUCGCGGGCCUAUCGCCACUUCAAGAACCCGCCGCAACCCCACAUGUGCAUCCGCACCACCACGGAAUCCGGCGAAGAACUGUUCAUCAAUGUCCUCAGCUGGACCCGCAUUGUGAUACCACAGGAGCCUAGCGAUCCCAUUCCCCUCUACGGCGGCAUGCGGGUACCGCCUGGUAGUCCACGCAGUCCCCCAAUUGUUUUUGCUGUAAUGGCUAAUCCGGAGGUUCUUAAGGAUUCAGGUCGUCACAGCAAAGAUCCCGAAGAGCGACGAGCCAUGGUUGAGCUUAUGUGCGAUUUUGUGGAGGCUAUGAACCCAGGCGUGAAACUAGUCAGAAACGCCGUAAUACUCAAGGAUCGCGACAUCUCAGGCGAGCUAAAGGACGUGUGGAAUGCCGUGCAGGCGCAGCGUGAUCGUGAACGGGAAGAACAGAUGAUACAACAGCGCCAGCAGCAGCAUUUCCAGAACGUCACCACGCAGCAAAUGUUCCCCAAAUCGCCAGAUGCAGCGCGGGCAGCUAGUGCUGGUGCUGCAAUGAACGACAUCAACUCGCUACCAGCUCAGCUAUCUGAACCGCUCUUAGCAGAGCAUGGAAACGGCAAUGGAAACGGAAAUGGCAAUGGUAUCACUCUGGCUGUGUUUGCCCAGCAACUGGACAACAAAGUGGCCAGUGAGCAAACGGAACAGCAGGCGGAACAAUCAUCAUUGGAGGAAGCUUGCGUGGAUCAAACGGAUGCGGGUAACUCGUCGAAUGGAUCAGCAACUGUGUUGGACAAUCAGAUGAUGGCGGUAGAGGCUGAACCCGAGGUAAAAGUUGCUCCCACGGCCGUUACCAAUGGUUCCAGCACGCCUGCAUCCAGCAACUCAAAUGCCACAGCAACAGCCACAUCCACUCCCAGUCCAACUCCAGCCCCCAUUGUUGCUCCCGUUGUCACACCAACUCCUCCACCUGCUGCCCCCGCCAAGAAGGAGAAACUUGGAGGCUUCUUGCCCAACGGCUGUAUCUUCCCGCGCUUCAAGAACAACAAGCACAAGGACAAGGACAGCAGUCACAAAGAGGGUAAGAGCAAAGAGAAGACAUUGCUCAAUGCGCUGAAGAAGAGCAAAGAAAAGAAAGUGGCGCCCAGUGAGCAGCCGACAGAGAAGGCUACCGCCUCGGACAAUGGAACCACGCAGUACGAGAAAAACUGCAUCAACAAUCUGGAAUGUGAGGUGCAGAAAUUGGAUCUGAACAGCGGUAGUAAUGGUGACAACAGCAUGUUUAUCAAGCUGAAAGUUUCGUCAGCCAAUACCACAGCAGCGGCAGCGGCGGCAAAGUAGAGAUAAUCCUGAAUUUACAGACACACAAAAAUCUCGUAGGUAAGUGGAGGAGUUAGGACGAACGAGAGUAGGAGGCGGCACUAAACCAGUGAACAGAGUCACUGGGUCUGCACUUAGGGCUUAGAGUCGUGGAUAGAGUCGUGUAGCUUAUACAAGAUUUAUAUAUACAGAAUAUAUAUACACUCACACACCCGUUUACACCGUUGGUCAAUUUUUUGGAUAGCCACUCAGAACCAGGACUAGAUGAACUAACAGUUGUGCCAUGCUCCAGCUCAUAGACAUUUAUAGACGACAGCGCUUCUCCCAGGAUCUUCCCCGGCAUUUAACUGACUAAAUGAUAAACGUAUUUACAUAGUUCAAUAUAUGUAUGAUUCGCAUACAGUUUGCCUUAUAUACAACAAGCCCAAGAGAGCGACAAGAACCUAGCAAGAACCAGUUGAUAAAACACGUAAAUUAAUGUAUUAAACAAAUAAUCGUCGAAUGAAACUCAUGCGCCAAACGAACAUCCCAGCACUCAACCACACAUCUUAGACUAACUACUAGCUCCAUUCCCAAACAAAGGUCUUAUCACUUCAUCGUUAACCACCUACCCACCAGACAUUUCCCCAAUCCAUAUCCAUAUAUCCAUGCAAAAGUAUUAAGAAAACAUCGCAGAUCCAAGUUUCCUAACCAUGGAUCAAAUGAUCUCCAAGCUUUGAAGUUGAGGGGCAGUACAACGGUAGGGGAGAGUUUUAAAACCGGCUCUAUAGUGCCACAACUAACUUAUGUACCUUAGUAUACCCGAAUGCGAAAAUCAGUAUACAGAUCCGCAAUGUCGCUAUUAUAUUUUAUUUUUUAAAGUUUAACUUUUAGUUCCUCCUAUUUAGAAUCGAAAGAAGGAACUUCUCCUUCUACUUUUAUUUCUGUGCGUGCUUGUUGUGUUGUAAUUGAUACUGUUGGAAUGUUUAACCUUUUAACCUGUGUUUAUUCUUUGUGCUAACCCGAUCCCUCCUCAACUUCAAACAAAAACCACUCACGAAUCAUCUAUUAUAGAGAGUAAACCACUAGAAUUCGAAUAAUAUAUUCGGGAAACUCCACUUAACAAAAAAAAAAAAGGGAAAACAAAAUGUUUCAACUGCAAUAUCGGACUGAACAAUGCUGCCAUAUAAAAGUAUACACAUGUAAUGACUUUGUAUAUAAAGUUAGCUACAUAUUUCCAUUAAAAAAAAACAAACGAAAUUUCAAUUGUGAUUCAAUCGAAAAUCUAAUUUUGUUUCCACAUCGAAGAAUUUUUAGUGAAGUGAACUCAAAACAAAUACACGACGUAUACCGAAUAAAAUAUAAUUUUGUUUGCUAGGAAAACCUCAAAUGACCGGUAAUCCCAACAAGAAGGAAGUUUUCUUUUUGUUUAUACAUUUAUUUCGUUUAAGGUGCCAUACAGAGAGAUUGUAUGAGAAUUAAUCAAAAUUGAUUGUAUCCAAUUGGUAUUAUACUUAAGCCCAGAGUUUCCUUAAUUUUGAGUUGGAUUGAGUACCCCCCGAAAACCCUAAAGUCUAUAUAUGCUAGUUUUUAACUGGUUGUAAAUGAGAAAUGCUCGUGUAAAAUUAGUAUUAAAUUAAAGCACGAACACCCAACAACAGAAACAGCAACAAAACACAACACUAUAAUUACAAAUUAAACUAGUUUAAGAUUCAAGUCUUCUAAGCGAAGAGCAAAAAGCAAUAAUUUUACUUGAAAAGAGAAACCGAACGGGCAAGAAAAAUUAUAAUGAAAAUGCGUGUGGCGAGUUAAUAGCAAUAGGGGUAACAUGGGAAAACUCUAGAAAUUUUCAUUGACUCUAAAAAAAUAUCCUUGAUUAUUUCAUAAAUUUUAACUUAGUAACUAUUUUGCUUACUAAUUUUACGAGAAAGAUUUUAUACUUAUUGGAUUAUAGUAGACUUUGAAAUAUCUAGAGUUUUCUUGGAAUUCCCCGGAAAAACUUCUACAACAAAAAAAAGGAAAGAAACAAACUUCUGCGAAUGAAAAGCCAAUACACAAAAAACACACAUUUUUAUAUGUAUAUGUAUGUAAUAAUAAAAGAUCGUAUUUGACAAAAGUGUA